AUGGCGGGCACCGCAUUGGGGACCACUGCUACAGACAAUACAGGAGCGGGGAAAGCCGGAAGUGGUGGGAGGGGCCGCACAGACCCCACGCACUCCAGGCUGGAAACGGAAGAGGUACCUCAAGAUAGGGCUUCUCUAGGCGACGGGGAGGGAAGCAGUUCAUCGCAGCUUCAGUCUUGGACUGUUCAGCCAUCUUUUGAAGUGAUUCCAGGUCAGCCACAGCUAGUGUUUCUUCAUCCAGCCAUCUCCCAUCCCAUUAACCCUCACCUUUUUGGUGAAAAGAGAAGUGACUCUACUAAUUACCUGCCCAUCCUGAACUCCUACACAAAGACAGCACCACAUCCCAGCAAAAGAGAUCGUGUCUGGGAUUUGGAGGAAAGAGGGAGAACCAGUGGACAGAAAUGGCUUUGCACAGAUACUGCUAUGUCCAAUAAUAGUUUAUUGCCCUCUAGUGCUUGCCCCCAAGUAUCACCUGACUUUAAGCCUGCUCAGGACUCUACUCAGCAGAGUUCUCCAGCUUUGAUGGCAGAUGGAAAAAUGUCAACUAUUGAUGGCUUUCAGUAUAUUUCUACUGCCAAACAAAAGGCCCCAGGUUUGAUUCCCUUUUCCCCUACUGGACUCCUCCAGAUAUCAGACCGCAAAUCUCCUGAGAUGGAGAAUCCAGUACAUCAUAUGGUGCAAUUAGCAACCUGCAGCCCACCUUUAGCAGCAGAAGAACUUUACACUACUCCUGAGCUAUUGUUGCAGCAGCAACGCAAGCGCAAGCGCUUUCAGAAUACCUUUGUUGUGCUGCACAGGUCUGGAUUGCUGGAGAUCACCUUGAAAACCAAGGAGCUGAUUCAUCAGAACCAGGUAACCCAGAUUGAACUGGACCGACUGAAGCAGCAAACACAAUUGUUCAUGGAGGCAAUAAAGAGCAAUGCUCCUCAGGCCUGGGCAGAGCUAGAGGCAUCCUUAACAGGGUCAGAUAAAGCGGACAGCAGCCUUGAGGCUUCUCCUACAUAUCCCAACAUGUAGUGCAAAAGAUAUAUAGCUGGUCAAGUGAUUAGAGUGCCUCUCUUCCUCUGUCUCAAGCUUUUACAAGAGCAUUUUCUAAGUUUGAGACUACUUUUAAAACUCAUUCACAAAGCAGCAUGCCAUUAAUAAACUGUCCCAAAUGCCAGUUGAGAGGCAUAGGCAGGAAUUAGUACUGCUUCAUGUGACCUGGAAUUGAGUAACUGUGCUCUUCUUUGGGCCAUGAAGGUGUGAAGGUGCUAUGAUGUGAUGUGUUCCCAUUCUUAUGAUGGAGAACAUUGAAAUGGCUCUUUCCUGGCAAGCACCUUUUUUCACCCCCUAUCUCCAGACAGCCAAUUCACAGAAUUCACUAGACCUGAUCUAGUGUAGCCGCUUAUGAAUUGAUAGGGAAAGAGGAAACUUGAUGGGUAACAUAGUAUCUCCGGCUUUGUGUUAAUACUCCAAAGACACAAGGUGGCCUUGUGUCAAGGCUCCUUCCCCACUCUGAACUUUAGGGUACAGAUGUGGGGGCCUGCAUGAAAACCUCUAAGCUUCUCUACCAGCUUAGAUCUGCUUUUGCUGCCACCACUCCCAAUG